CGGGGCUGUUGUUUGGGAUGUGGGUUUAGCAAUAUUUUUCAAGAUAUAUGUUUAGCAUGCAGUUAACGUACCGGACCAAAUCUAGAGACUGUGAUUUUUUGUACCGCAUUCAGACAUUUUGUGCGGGGCAGUUAGUGCGCUUAUGUAGUUCCAGCAAUGUGGUUUAGUCAUCUCGUGUUAUAUUCUCAAGCAGUAGAUCUUGACUGAGUUGUACAAUAAACAUGCUGCAGUUUUGGGCUUACACCAUGGUCUUCUUGCUGGCCCUGCAUUACUGCAGCAGUGAGCAAGCCUGCUUUAAGGAUGGCUCUUGUGAUGAAACCACAUCUUCAGUCUAUGACAGGUACCUGCUGUACGACGUCAACCCCGGCGAGGGCUUCAACCUGCGCCGGGACGUCUACAUGCGCGUGGCGAGCGCGGUCGCGCGGCUCAGCGGUCGCGGCCACUGGACUCUGGUCCUACCACCGUGGGGCCCGCUGUACCACUGGCAGGUGACGCGCGGUCAACACAGCGUGGGCGUGCCUUGGAGCCGCUUCUUCGACCUGGAUAGCCUGGACAAAUACGUGCCCGUCAUGGAGUUCGACCAAUAUAGGAAAGAGAGCGGCGCGCGGGUGGAGAGCGCCCUCCAGCUGCAGGACUACGCCGAGGGCUGGCGCGACGGCCAGUUCGACGAGAAGUGGGACCGCAGACCGUGCCUGCACAAGGCAAGAUUUAGGCGGUCAGGGGAAGACCACGAGGCCCUCAUGUGGGGUGAAGUGACCCUUCGCGUGGCCUACUUCAGCUGCGUGUCAAUACAGGGCACCUCGGAGACUCUGGCGGACAUGGUGGGCAGCAUGCCACACAGGUCCGUGUUGGUGGACCGGGCCGAGGCCGUGCUGCACCGCCACUACGGCAGCGCCGACUUCUGGGCGGUGCGGCGCAGCAUGCGCUUCGCGCGCCACCUGGUGGAGGAGGCGGCCGCGCUGCGGCGCGACCUCCUCCGGUCGGAUGACGUCACCGACCGCACAGAGUACUCUGACGACUGGAGGCAGAUGAAGGCGGUGCCCGGUAGCGCCCGCGGCGGUCCCUACCUGGCCGUCCAUCUGCGGCGGCGCGACUUCGUCUCGGGCCGGGCGCGCACGGUGCCGUCGCUGGCGGCGGCGGCGCGCGCCAUCUCGGCCGCGCUCGGCCGGCUCCGGCUCGACACGGUCUUCCUGGCGACGGACGCGCCACGCUCAGAGGUGCGCCAGCUGAAGGAGCUGCUGAAGCCGUUCACGGUGGUGCGGCCGGCGCCGCGGAAGGACCUGCUGGCAGGCGAGGAGGCCAUCGUCGACCAGAUCGUCUGUAGCCACGCCAGGCACUUCAUCGGCAGCUACGAGUCGACCUUCUCGUUCCGGAUCCAGGAGGAGCGCGAGAUCCUGGGCUUCGACGCCGAGUCCACGUUUAACCGGCUGUGUGGAGAGGCCGAGGGAGACGCCUGCGACCAGCCCACGCGCUGGCGCAUUGAGUACGACGCGUGACGGUCCCUGUGACCUGGUCUGAGCCAAGGGGUCGUGGACAGACUCGUCGACAGGCCGCGGCUGGCCCGGCACGGGGUGGCACGGCCUCUGCUGAUUGGGGCGUUGCGCAUGGGUAAUCGAACCGCCAUCGGGCUCUCACCGCAGCACGUCAUGUACCGCCGGCGGUUGGGCCGCACGGCCUGCCCUCACGUGACCUGACCUGACACGGUGGGACAAAACGGGUCGCUCGCCUGCUCCGAGCUUCGGUGGCGACUCCGGCCAGCCCAGACGCCACUAUCUGUGCUGCCCGCUUUCGUCCCGUGGCCGCUCUGCCGUAUCCGGCCCUCGGUGGAUCCCAGCCCCCGCUGACCGCCGUCGGUACCUCUCGCCUGGCUUAAGGCCAGACUGCCGCGUCUCGCGUGUUACAUGCGGA